AUGACUGCGGCCGACCUUGCGACGAGAGCGCCUGAGAGCGAUGCGGCCGAGGAUGCUGCCCCGGCUGUGCCAUCAUCGGCCGCCGAUGACGCUGCAGCUGGCCCCAAGCUCUGCGACGACUGCGUGACCGACCGCCCAACCCCCAACGGCCGUGUCCCUGCGGGCGAGAUCCGCAAGCUCGGCGACGUCGACACCUACGUCGUCAAACCCAGCGGCUACCCCCACGCGCCCGCGCGCCUCCUUCUCUUGCUCACGGGCGGCACCGGCCUGCCGUCCACGAACAACCAGAUCCAGGCCGACCUCUACGCCGACGAGGGCUUUGUGGUGGUCAUGCCGGACCUCUUUGGCGGCGACGUGGCGCCCAACUCGGAGGCCAUUGAGGAGGAGGUGCGCAGCCAGGAGAGCAGCACGGCGGCGGGCGGGUCGUUCCUCGACCUCUUCAAGACCAAGGCCGCCGAGACGGUCAAGAGCUUCAUGAUUGACAUGUGGCUGGCGCGCCACACCGAGGCCAAGGUGCUGCCGCUGCUGCACCGGGUGCUGCGCGCGGCGCGGGACGAGUUUGCCGAUGCGGUGGCGCGGGGCGACGGGGUGUAUGCGGUCGGGUACUGCUUUGGCGGGCGGUACGUGCUGCUGCUGGCCGGCGACAAGGCCAGCCAGUACAAUGUCGAGGGCCCGACAGCCAAGCCGUCUGGUGCCGCCCCCACGCAGGGAACGGCCCCGACGGCCCAGACGACUACAUCAGGCGCGGCCGACCCCAACGCCGACGUCGACGUCGUGGCCCUCGAGGAAGGCCUCCUCGGGCGUCCUGGCCCCCUGAUCAAGGCGGGCGUCCUGGCCCACGCGACGCUGGUGUCGCCCGAAGACUUCAAGGGCUUGCAGGCGCCGAUCAGCAUGGUGUGCGUGGAGAGCGACCCAAUGUUCCCGGACGCGGUGCGGACGGCGGGCGAGGACUACCUGUCGCAGAACAAUGUGGAGCACGAAGUGCAAGUCUACCCCGGCGUGCCGCACGGUUUCGCAGUGGUGGGCGACUACGCGGACGCAUCCAUCCAGGAGGCACAGGCCGUUGCCUUUGAGCAGAUGCUCAAGUGGCUCAAUGCCCACUAG